CAGCCGCCCGUUGCUCCAUGUAGUAAAACUCGGCCGCUCAUUUGCCCGCUGCGUUCACGCUCUGCCUGACGGCUCCACAGCCUCGCAGGUUGACGCAGAGACCUUGAGACGAUGCAGUUAUCCGGAGCAGGGACGGCGGCAGUCUGACAUGGAGAAAACCUUCACGGAAGAUGACUGCGUGGACUCGGGAGCAGAGACCGGGGGAUCUGAUUACAGCCCUCUGUCCUCGACGAGCAGUGAGUUAUCCAUGGGCGAGCUCCAAGACCCGUUCCUCGUCAGCGUCCACCUCAUCUCUGACCGCGGCCAGGGCAAGUUCCUGCAGCGCGCCGCCGACGCCGUGCUGGCGUGGGUCCACCCCGAGCUGCAGCUCUUCAGAGUCUCUGAGCGGGCGUCCACCUCCCAGCGGCCUUGGCCGAAGCGGCACCAAAACGGCGGCCCGUCUGCCGCCGGGUCUCAGCCGGCCGUGGCGGUCAUCCUCUUCCUGCAGGAGGCGUACGGCGGCGAGGAGCAGAUCCUGACGCUGCACCGCACCCUGCAGAGACCGCCGUGGCGGUACCACCACACAGAAAAAGUCAGCAACGGCCGCAGCAUGCUGCCCCUCACGCCGUACAGUCAGGACUUUUUCGUCCUGUCCCCCGGCACGCCGCUCUGGGCGGUCCGGCAGGUCCACUACGGCAAGGAAAUUGUGCGGUUCACAGUUUACUGCCGCCACGAGAACUACGUGGACAUGGUCCGGCUCUACAAGCUGCUGCUCCAGCGACGUGUGGCGCAGAAGAAGGAGGACUUUUGCUUCUUCGUGGUGUACUCCAACCCCGACAUGGAGAUCCAGCUGUCCUUUAAGAGGCUCCCUCGGGGACAGAGCCCCGUUGUGCUGGACUCGGCGGUGAUGGAGGUGAGGGUACGAGACGUCGGAGUGCUGGUCCCGCUGCUACCUCACCCCUGCAGCCCAAUCAGCGACGUCCGCUGGCAGACGGAGGAUUACGAUGGGAAUAAAAUCCUGCUGCAGGUCCAGGGUGCGUGCUUGAGAAGCAGACAAAACCCUUGCUGCAUGGCACCCGCCGUUGGUGAAUCUGCACCGGCUCCGUCCAACUUUACCCGCGCCGUCGCCUCCUACAAAAACCGCCGUAACCACCAGAGGCUGACCUCCCGCCCCAGAGGCCACCAGACCUCGCACAGCUCCCUCCCGCUGGCCUGCGAAGAGGACGAGGACGAGCAGGAGGAGUGGGCUGACCAGCAGCUUCCUGACUGCCGGAACUCCCAUUGGAGGGGUCAUCAGUCGGGUUCGCAUUUCUCUCUACCCAACCUGGGCUCGACCGGCUCCUACUCCGCCCGGAACCCCCCUGCUCCGGGCUCCAACCUCUACAACCGGGUCUGCUCCCUCCAAAGGAGACCCUCGCUCGUCCCGCCUUUCCGUUUGAACGUGGACUCCCUGAUCGGGGCGGAGGAGACGGACGUGGACACGGGACACAAGGUGAAUCCCGGCAGCAGCGCCGACCUGUCCGUGGUGUCCGCUUACAUCAAGUCCAGCCUGCCUCUGACGCCCCGGCCGCUAUCGGCCCCUCCUGAGGACGUCAGAGCCGCCUUCUCUCCUGACAUCCCAGACGGCACCUACAAGUCGGCCACUUUGGGCCGGACGCCAAACGGCUUCUCCCUCGACUGCAGUCCCUCCGCCUUGCUGGGGGCGCAUCUCCAAUGCAGCAGUUUGAGCACAAGUGCCGCUCCGUCUUCGAGUGACGUUUCCAUCAACCUGUCGGACAGCUGCAGCAUCGUCAGCGCUCCGAUUGAAGAGGCAGACAGGGUAGAAGAAGAGCAGGAGUUCUACAUUUGAUAGCCGAUUUGAAGCUGGGAGAACUGAAUGUGGCCAGUGAUGACAGGCUGUAGUUCUGAACGCAGUUAGCAAAGCUCCAGUACGCCACCUAGUGUCUGAUAGUAAAAUUACAGUAGAAGAGAGGAACCUGAAGCACAGACCUCUGUUUUAUUGAAUGUAGACAGGAAAUAUCGUCGCAUAUUAUUCUCAUUUAGUGGAUCAAGUAACUGUACAGAAGCUUUAUUCAUUAAAAUAUAAUUCCUUCCCUUUGCAGGGUGUGAAACAUUAUUUUUAUAGCACUGUUGGUUUUAUCUACAAUGUUUUGUAAAAGUAUUGAUACUUCUUAGAGUGGAAGGAAAAGGAUUUGAAUUUUACAUUUUACUUCAGUUACGGCCGCAAGGGAGAGUAUGUCCAGUUUUAUACUUCCAAAAAGUCAAUGUUUAGAUACAAAGUAGCUCAGGCUCAGUCAGAAAACACCUUUGAUCUUAUUUUUCCAAGGAUUAUCCACUAUAUUCAGGACCAGACUUUGACUAGACCAUUCUAACACAAAAUACUUCGAUUGAAACCAUUCUGGUUGCUGGAAAGUGAAGAUCUGUCGUAGUAAUCUCAAUUUCUUGCGCCCUCAAAGACAUUUCCUUCCAAGAUGGCUUCCCGACGACCCCAUCCGUCCCUGCUGAAGAGCUGAAGAGACAUAUCCCCGCAGCAUCAUGCUGUCGCUACCAUGUUUCACAGAGUGGAUAAUGUUCAGAGUGUUAAUUGAUCCUUGCACUUUGUCUUUAAAAAAAAAAGUUUGAUUUUGGACUGGCUGUAUUUCUUAGCAUGGCUUGUAGCAACUUCAAACUGGACUUCUUCUUCCUUCACAGCGACAUUGCUUCUACCUGUAACAUAAAAACCCAGUAAAAAUACACAUUUUUGUGGUAAUGUGACUAAACAUGUAAAAGUUCAGAGCACUGUAUCUCUUCAGUGUGCAAACACAAUGACACAUCUGGUUUGGAGAAAAAGAUAAUAAACACAAACGUAAAGCAGU